CCCGAGCCGUUCCUAUUUAUACCCCAGCAUCUUCUGACCAUAACAUGCACCAUGUUUGGGCUCUCCAUUACGCACUAUACGGAGUCAGUGGGAGAGAAGACUACUUAUAACUAUUUCUGUCCAAAGCAUGUGAACCGAAUUCUUUCCCUCACUUGCUACCAUGGACGCCUCUCCUACAUUGAGCCCUGCCCAAGUCGCGAUGUACAUGGUCGAGAGCGGCGUCGCAAAGCACAGAGAUCGGUAUGAGAACAUCUUCUUCAAAGCCGUCCUCGCGGGCGUGAUGCUCUCCUUUGGCGGCCUCUUGUCUGAAAUCAUCUCCGGCGGAGCGAGUGCACUCACUGUGUCAGAUCCUGGAAUCGUGAAGAUCCUGGGUGGGUUUGUCUUUCCAGUCGGUUUGGUCAUGAUCGUGCUUCAGGGCCUCGAACUACUCACGAGCAACAUGAUGAUAUUUCCCAUGGCUAUCAUCAAAGGCGCUAUCCCAUGGUGGAGUCUUCCCAUCAACUUUGUCCUUGUGACCUUUGGGAACCUCGUCGGGAGCCUCUUCUUCGGUGCCAUCCUAGUUAAAUACAGCGGGAUCGUAUCCGAUGAUCCUUACUCAUCCUAUAUCCAGACGUUCGCAAUCCGCAAAGCUGUCGAACCCCAUUGGCAUCAGAUAUUUUUGCGAGGGAUCGGUUGCAACUGGCUCGUAUGCGUCGCGGUUUGGCAAGCCGCCGGAGCUAGGGACACCAUAUCAAAGAUAGUCGCCAUUUGGAUUCCCAUAUGGGUUUUCGUCGCAUGUUCGUUUGAUCACGUGGUUGCCAACAUGUUCUCGGUGCCUCUUGGGAUCAUGUUCGGUGCAAAUCUCACCGCUGCGGAGUACAUUCGCAAAUCCUUAAUUGCCGCCUAUCUUGGAAACAUCGUGGGUGCUCUGCUAGUCGCGCUCCCAGCGACGUUAUUUUACCUGAAGGAUUACGAUGCGGGUGGAUUGAGAGCAGCCGAGAAAGGAGAUUCCAUGUCUGCGAUCCGGGAGAACAGUACGGACAACGUUGAUAAUAAACGCAUUUGAUCGUUGUCGUGCGUACGUAUGGAUAUUCUUGUCUCGUCGAAUCUAUGGUUACUACUUCAAUAUAUACUUUCGUAAAUUCCUGCGGGAAGUCGUCGCCCAUAUGAAGACAGUAAGAAGUUCACAGACACACGCAUGGUCCAGCCCUCGAAGAGUGUGUCGUGGCGGCUUCUGAAAAUAGCUAUUCGACGUUCUUACACAACUCUAAAAAUUUCUUGAUCAUAAGGAUUCUGGUUCCUGAAGUCACAGCCAAAGAACGAACGGCCAAUCACCAAUCACCAAUUUCUAUU